ACAGAGAGACAGAGAGAGAGAGAGAGAUGGGUGAGGUGGUGGAAGUGGUGAAAACGAGCCUGCAGGUAGCGAAGGCGAGGGAAGAGGCAGAAACUCCGGCCAUCUCGGCACCGCCGUUUCAACUUGAGUGUCCUUCAAUGGCUCGGUCGCCACUUCUGGAUAUGGGGCGCCCAAAGACCCCAAAAAGCCCGUUUGCUUCGCGUUUGAUGAUGACUCCAAUAGCAAGCCCAAUGAAAAAGGCGAUUACAAGCAUGCAAGGUUGCUUGGAAGAAGUUGGGCACUUCACCAAGCUUGACCCACAGGACGCCUGGCUUCCCAUCACCGAGUCCCGGAACGGCAACGCCUUCUACUCAGCAUUUCAUACGCUGUGUUCCGGAAUCGGCGUUCAAGCCCUUGUUCUUCCGUUAUCUUUCACGGCACUAGGCUGGACAUGGGGAAUUCUGUGUCUUUCCGUGGCUUUUAUAUGGCAGAUGUACACUUUGUGGUUGCUGGUUCAGCUGCAUGAAUCGGAGUCUGGGGCGCGCUACAGCAGAUAUCUCCGCCUUUCCAUGGCGGCUUUUGGUGAGAAGCGAGGAAAACUGUUUGCACUACUUCCGACGAUGUAUCUAUCAGGUGGCACAUGUGUGACCCUAAUUAUGAUCGGAGGAGCGACCAUGAAAAUAUUUUUCCAAACCAUUUGUGGGGCAACAUGCGACGUAAACCCACUAACAACGUUGGAGUGGUACGUAGCUUUCACUUGCUGCAGUAUUGUUAUGGCUCAGCUUCCCAACCUGAAUUCGAUCGCUGGAGUUUCCCUGAUCGGAGCAAUUACUGCCAUAGGCUACUGCACGCUGAUAUGGGUAGUCUCUAUAAGCAAAAGAAGGCCCGUGGGUGUCUCCUAUCACCCACUGGAGGCAAAAUCUGAUAUUGAAAGGCUUUUCAGUAUUUUCAAUGCACUUGGGAUAAUCGGCUUUGCUUUCAGAGGCCACAAUCUUGUUCUUGAAAUACAGGGGACCAUGCCUUCGAGUGUUAAGCGCCCAUCCCGUGUACCUAUGUGGAGAGGAGUAAAGUUUGCAUAUAUAAUCAUCGCAAUGUGUCUGUUUCCCAUUGCAAUUGGCGGCUAUUGGGCUUAUGGAAAUUUAAUACCUAAUGGAGGAAUGCUAGAUGCUUUGCACAAAUACCACGCACAUGACACAUCAAGAUUUCUCUUAGGAUUAACAAGCCUGCUCGUGGUGGUUAACAGCCUAAGCUCAUUCCAAAUAUAUGCAAUGCCAGUAUUUGACAAUCUGGAGUUGAGAUAUACGAGCAAGAUGAACAAACCUUGUCCGUGGUGGCUCCGCUCGGGGAUUCGAGCCGCCUUUGGAUGCCUUGCAUUUUUCAUAGCAGUGGCACUACCAUUCUUGCCAACCUUGGCGGGAUUGAUUGGAGGGAUAGCGCUGCCCAUCACCUUGGCAUAUCCUUGUUUCAUGUGGUUGCUAAUCAAGAAACCCAAGAAAUAUAGUGGAGUUUGGUACCUCAAUUGGGUAUUGGGAGCCUUGGGAAUGGUUGUCAGCAUUCUAGUUGUCACUGGAGCAAUUUGGAGCAUAGUGACCGUAGGAAUGGAGAUCCAUUUUUUCCAGCCCCAAUAAGUAAAUCUGCAAUGGAUCUUGGGUUUCCAAACACACCUCGUAGCCUCAAAUGAAGCCAAGAAUCGUGUACAAGCAACAAUAGCAUGCCUCUCAGCUUUUCUGAGAUGAGUGUAAACCCAUCUGCACUUGCUUACUUGUCAUGAAAUUAUGCAACCCUGUCGAGCAAUUGCUUACCUGUCAUGUAACUAGUUAUGCAUAAAAUGUUUCUUUUGUUAUUAUUGCAAA